AGAGCGGAAAGCAGCAGACGGAGCGAUAAAGACACUCAGAUGAAUGACAGUCCUGGUUUUAUAGGAACGCCAACGUCAAGCUUACCAGAUACGGGAGAGGAUAUAGAGAUGGGGUCGUUCGAAGAUGAUAACGAAUUAAACGUGAAGAGUGGUGAUGGAAAGAACGCAGAUAGGGAAAAGACGACAGAAGACCUUAGGAAAGAAAGAAAGGCAAGUGAUAAAAGGGAAACGAUAGAACACAGCAGGCCGAAGGCACGAAACCUGGAAUCACGCGAUAUAGAUUCUGAGAAAAGAUUGAAAUCAAUUAACAGGACUCUUGUGAAGGAGAAUAUGGGGCUAAAAGACUCUAUUGCAAAUCUAGAGAAGCUUCAAAAGGACAAAGCUGAGGAAUUUGAGUCGCAGUUACGGGAUUGCAAUAAGAAGGCGGUGGCACUUGGAGAGAAAAAUGAUGAAAUGGAGAACGAUUUUCGCCUACUAUAUUCUAACAUUUUCGGAGAGGAUCUUCUUCUGAGUUUACAGAAGCCAUCCGACAUCAUCUGGGAGAAACUUGAGACAGAAUUUAAGAAGCGUUGCAACAUAGAACAGGAACAAGUUACGCUAUUGGAGAAAGAAAAGACAUUAACAGCAAGCCUAGAGGCGGAGAGCAGGAAGCAAGAAAUAAGAAUACAGCAGCUUGAACAGGAAUUCGAAAACGUGUCGCAAAGUCUUCGCCAGGAGCAG